UAUACCUUCGAUGGUGACACCCCGGGGUGAAGAUGUAUAUAUACCACCCAUCGUGUCUCUGAGAACCUCCACUUCCAUAACCUGGCCUCGAGUGGUGUUCUGUUUUAGCCAGGCGACCUCAAGUGUGAAUUCGGGCAUGGCUGAAUGUGAACGUCACGGAAACAGAGAAGCAUGUUCAAAAUGUAUGUACAGGAACUACAAGCGUGAAGUGGUGUUUAAGAAGAUUUUGUCACCAAGUGACAUACAGCGAAGAGGAAGCUAUCGGUUUUAUAUACCGAGGCCACAUGCAGCCAGAUUCUGGCCCCGAGAAAAUGAAGUGAUGAUCACUUUCUAUGAUGUUCAAAUGAGGCGGUGGCCAAUGCGUUUCCGUACAAGUGGUGGGAAUGGCUUUCUCAGCAGAGGGUGGAUCCAGUUUGCUAGAGAGAAACAGCUCGAACAAGGUGAUACCAUCACCUUGGAUGAGGUCAGAUGCGGUCAGAGGACAAGAUUCUUCAUGAUUGGAAUCUCUCGCAAAGACCGUGUUCAGAUUCUCGGAGCUCCAAUAAAUUAGAAAAACACCGAGCCGCCUCGAUGGGUCUUGUGAUCUGUUUUUGGUACGGUGCACGUACAGUAAAUGAAAAGUCUUGCUCGACCAAGGCCUACUUUGUUUUUAUUUUGUA